AUGAGUAUCAUCUCUGUUCCAGUUCCAAUUAAAAUUGGUGAUAUUGUACCAAAUUGUGGACUUAAACUUCCAUGCAAAGAUAAUGAAUUUUCUGUUCAUAUUUAUACUGGAAAAGAUCAUAAUGAUCAACCUAAAUUAUGUGUUGAUGGAAAAUAUAUUAUUUCCAAAGAAAUUAACGGAGGUGGUCGAGGAAUUAAUGUUGCAGUCAUAGAUAAUGUUACUCAAACAGUAGUACGUGUUAGUCAUUUUGAUACAUAUGAAAGAGUUGAAAGGAUACGUUAUCCCGACGUAGAGCUACAGACAAGUGGAGACACUGAUUGGUUGACCACCGGUCGCCAUAGCGCAUGUAUAAGAUUGUCAAGAGUUGCUAGAUUAUUACUUCAUGAACUUGGGAGUGCUUUAAUACAAAAUCUAUAUUAUAGAGGUAGUUGGUUUAUGGUAAGCCAAAAAGGAAUAGCUGGAUUUUCUCCAUUUGAAGAGUUGCACUUAGUUGAAGCUGGAGGAUGGUCUCUUCCUCAUGAUGGUAGAUUUUGUGUUCCAUUGAAAUUGGAAGGACAACCAAUUCAUCCUGAUCCAUUACCUCGUGAAAAUAAAGCAAGACAAGAAUUCUGUAAUAUAAAUGGAAAUUUUCCUCAUUUUUGUGAUGGUAUGUUAGAAUUAUUUAUUAUAUGA